UCCAAUACGCGAACCUCCACCUCCUCCUCCCCCUAACAGACGUCCGUCCUCCUCUAAUACGCGCCGAACCUCCUCCUCCCCUAACAGGCGUCCGUCCUCCUCCAAUACGCGCCGAACCUCCUCCUCCCCUAACAGACGUCCGUCCUCCUCCAAUACGCGCCGAACCUCCUCCUCCCCUAACAGGCGUCCGUCCUCCUCCAAUACGCGCCGAACCUCCUCCUCCUCCCCUAACAAGCGUCAGGCCUCUUCUUCCCCAUACGCUUUUCAAGACUCUUCCUCGAAUUCUUUCCAAGAUUCCAACUCAGGUGGAAGUCAAGGUUCCAACACGCAACAAAGUCAAAGCGCGUCCGGAAGCUCUUCGUCCGCUUCCUCUAGCUCUUCGUCCGCUUCCUCCAGCUCUUCCCCUUCCACAUCAGUCCUCCAAGUUAUCUCUUCUUCAUCUGACGGUCCCCCUUCCAAUUUCACCACCACCUCCGUUGGCUCCUCCGUUUUUCUAUCCUACCCCCGACACUUUUCGCAUCCUUUAUCACCCUUCUCCUCCACCUUCAAUGACCUUUCCUCCUCCUCUUCCGUAAACCUCUCUCCUUCUUCUUCCUCAUCCGGUGGGCCUUUCCCCUCAUCUUUCCCCGUUUCCGUUACCGAAUCAUCCAAUAACACCAAUGCCUCCCCAUCUACCAUUUUAAGCAACGCCUCCUCUUUUUUUAGUGGCCUCUUCUCCUCCCCCUCCUCCUCCUCCUCUUCCUCUCUGGUGGACCUCUUUCUGGACCCCGUCAAUCUUGAGAAAAUUAAGGACGCCGGGCUGACAGCUGAAAACGAAGAGGAGUUCCUAGACCAUUUCUUGACAGUAUUGACAGGGGAAGAGACGAGACAGGGAACAGCUCUCACCCUCGACCCCGUCACUAUCAUCUCUCUCCUCACCCUCGCGGCCUAUAUGGUCAGGGCGGUGUACCAGAUCAUGUCAGUGUCGAAUAAGUCUUCGAGUGAUACAUCCAGGAUGCUUCCCUUCCAACUGUCCGACCUCCCCGAUGCCAUGGUCCGCAUACACGACUGGAUUUCCUCUUCCGAUUUCACCCACAUUAGGGAGGAACGCUCCAUACACCACCCACUAAGUACGAUCCUGACCAUCCCGGGAAACCUGGCGGCGAUCAUCAAGCUGCAGCGUGAAGGUCAUCAGCCCUGCGUCAGGCAGUUCGUCUGUGAGCAGAUCAAGGAAAGAGCCUACCCGGAGGUCACUGUUAGUGAUAUAUUCAUCGCUGGCCUCGGAUACUACUUCGGGGAGGCUGACCUGGGCACCUUCAUCGACGGCGCCGUCUCCGGAAGAUAUACCUGUGACUUCUUGCCUGAAGGUUGUUCUCAAAGGACCCUCCGUGACGCCCACUACCUAGAAAAUCUCUACUCCCGCGCCUCCUUCAAGUUCUUCAACCUCCUGUCCGUUUUUGGAAAUUACUUGUUGCCAAGAGUCUGAAAGAUUCGUAGGGAUUUUACCCUGUUAGUAGCUAUUUAAAAACACAUAUAAUUAAGCUGACUUAAGAUAUGAUACACGAUUAACUGCUAAAAUGGCGUCAAAAUUACACUUUGACUCUGCUUGGCUGGCUUUUGAACAGAUUGCAGGUUAGCUGAAGGCUGAUUGGUUGGCCGGUUAGUUGACUGAAUAGUAGCUGGAUGGUGGUUGGCUGGCCACCCCUCACGAGUAUAGAGACAAAGGAAUUUACUCCAGUUGGUUUGUGUCAGGAUUCCUCCGUGUAAGUUCUGAGUGUACCAAUAAAUUAAGGAAAUGUAAGAAAUGAUUCUAACAAGCGGUUAAGUUUCAGGUAAUAUUUCUGAGGAAUAAUUAUGGCUUCUUGCUUAAAUCUCGAGACGUUAUUACUAUUAUUAUUAUCAUUUUGUUGUUGUUACAGUUGUUUUAUUACAGUUGUUAUUGUUACAGUUGUUAUUGUUACAGUUGUUAUUACACUUGUUAUUGUCUAAGUGACGUAAGACGCUAUAGAAAUACGUAUAUCAAUCAAACGGUAAUAAAAAAAAAAUAUAUGAUUCUGAUAUACAGUAAUAUUGUUCCAAAUUUUGUUGUAAGUUUGUCCAAUUGAUGUGGUAUGUUUCCUUGUGUGAAGCUGACCACGUGUUGAUAAUACCGAGCACGACAGCACCCCGGACCCGACCAAGGCGUGACUCUGGUAAACCUUAAAAAGAAAAGAAAAAACGAGAAUUCUUUCAUAUUUUUUCUGAAUAAUAGUGAAGAAAUAUAAAGUAUUUGAGUAUUUAGUGUGGAAUAUAGUCAGCCUUAGAAAUUUAGGCAGUUUGUAUAUAUUAGAAAGAGUGACGUACUUAGAUAGAAAUAUGUUUAUAGUAUAGUCUUUAAUUUAUUUAUUAUUUAUGAAUAUUUGUAAUAAAGGUUAAGAAUAAGAGGCAUCAAGUCGUUACGAAACUUUCACUAAUUUAAUUUGUUUCAAUUGAGUACGAAGAUAUUGUACUCAGUGGCUUGUAAUAGUACUCGGGAUUUAUGCCAUCUUACUCAAAGAAUUAAACAUAACGUUAGCCUUUACUCACAUAACACUAUGGAAAACAAUUAUAUAAUAUUUCUUCAUUGUGAAAUAGUGUUUAGUAAUUCUAUAAAAACUUCGACUCCGUGAUAACUUGAUGUCGUAACCUUAACAUUUAUCCUAAUCUUAUAUUAUUUAUUGUCUAGAUUUAUAUAUUAUACACAAUGGAAAAAUAAACUAUGAUAAACUGU